UCUUAUCAUUAGUGACAGAAUUCUCUGCUGGGCUAUCAAUGACAAAAUUUUUCAAAUUUUAAUUCUCUGAAGGGCAAGAAUUAGACUAUACUUUAACAUAUAUUCUAUUGAACAGUAUUUCAGACGUUUUAUAAAACUUGUUAUUUAGGAAUAAAAAUAUGAGCAAUUUAGUUACCAAGAGUUCUUAUGUUCUAGAAACAAUAGGAAAAACUAGUCCAAAGGUGAAUUAUUCCUUUGUUAAUUUAUUUAGUUAUCUGUGUGUGUUGAUUAAUAUUUAUUCUUAUAAUAUUUUUCUACAGCUUUUUGCUGUUUCAUUGCAAGCAAGUCCACAAUGGAAAGGCAAGCAACCUUGUCGUCAUCUUAAUGUUCAUGAACAUGUAAGUUAUUCACUCUUAAAAGGGGCUGGCAUACCAGUUCCAAAAUUUGGUGUAGCAAAAACUGGUAAAGAAGCAGCUGAUAUUGUGAACAAUUUAGGAUUAACUGAUAUAGCUAUCAAAGCACAAGUAUUAGCUGGUGGACGUGGAUUAGGUCAUUUUAAAAAAGGCUUUAAGGGUGGUGUUAAAAUGGUUGAAAGUGCUGAAGAAGCUGAUCAAAUAUCUAGUCAAAUGUUAGGAGAUUAUUUGAUUACAAAACAGACAGGUGAAAAAGGUCGAAUUUGCAAUACUGUGAUGGUAGCUGAACGUAUUUAUGCAAGAAAAGAAUUUUAUUUUGCUGUAAUGAUGGAAAGAGCUUUUGGGGGUCCUGUUUUAAUAGCAUCUUCACAAGGAGGUGUAAAUAUUGAAAAAGUUGCUGCGGAAAAUCCAAAUGCUAUAUUUUAUAUGCCUAUAGAUAUUACAAAAGGUAUUUCAAAAGAAUUAGCUUUGGAUGUUGUUGCCAAAGUAGGAUUGUCUAAGAAAAAAGAAGAAACUGCAGAUAUCUUAUUAAAAUUAUAUGAUCUUUUCCUUGAGAAAGAUGCACUUCUUAUUGAAGUAAAUCCAUAUGCUGAGAGCAUUUCUUCUGGUGGAUAUUAUUGUUUGGAUGCUAAAUUUCGAUUUGAUGAUAAUGCUGAGUUCAGGCAAAAAGAAUUAUUCGAUUUACGUGAUUGGACUCAAGAAGAUGAAAAAGAGGUAGAAGCAUCAAAGUUUAAUUUAAACUACAUUGCUCUUGAUGGAACUAUUGGAUGUCUGGUUAAUGGUGCUGGUUUAGCAAUGGCAACAAUGGAUAUAAUUAAUUUACAUGGUGGAAAUCCAGCUAAUUUCUUGGAUGUUGGCGGUGGUGCUACUGCUAGCCAAGUAAAAGAAGCUUUUAAAAUUAUCACCUCAGACCCAAAGGUUUGUGCUAUUAUGGUUAAUAUUUUUGGAGGAAUAAUGAGGUGUGACAUUAUUGCUGAAGGUAUAAUUGCUGCAGCUCAAGAAUUAAAUCUUAAUGUACCAAUUAUUUGUCGUUUACAAGGAACUAAUGUUGAUGAAGCUAAACUUCUUAUAGCUCGUUCUGGGAUGAAAAUUUUACCUGUUGAUAAUCUUGAUGAAGCAGCACGUUUAGCUGUUAAGUUAUCAGAAAUUGUUAAUUUGGCGCGGGAACAACAUUUAGGAGUAAAAUUUGAAAUGCCCAUUUAAAUAUUUAUUAAAGAAUAUGUUCUUAAAAGAAAUUAGUUUAUAAAUGAUUCUCGGUUAAUAUUUAUUUGUUCUAUUUUUUCUUUUCAAGUAUUAUGCUAGACUGUUGUAAUAAAUUUUUAAUUUUUACAUUA